AUGAAGCAGUGGAAGCGGCUGACUGGGCUGGCGGCGAAGGGCAGAGCGGGUGAUGCGCGCGCAGCGGAGCGGGCCUCGGGGACGCCGCCAGGCGCGCAGCAGGCGGGCGGAACGGGCAGGGCGAGGAGCAGCGGCGCGGCGGAGGGCAUGAGGGGCAUGGCGGUGACGCAGACAGACUCCAUAGAGGACGAGUUUCAACAGGGCUUGCAGGAGGUGGGGGAGAUGAGGGACAAGUACGAGCGCCUGCUGGCAGCCGUGGCGGACGCACAGGAGAGAGCAGCAGAGUGUGCGGAGGCGUUGCACCAGCUGGCAGCCGUGGUGGCGGACGCCUUUGGCGGCGUGGAGGAGGGCGGCGCCGGGGACACCCUCGUGGCGGCAGCGGCUGUCGAUGGCCGCUUAGCUGAGCUGCUCUAUUUCUACAGCCUGCACCUGCAGCAGACACUGGCGGAGCCGGCAGAGGCGCUGCUGGGGGAGAUGCAGCACGUGGUGGAAACAAAAGAGCUGUACGAGCAGAAGAGGAGGGCGCAUGCGGCAGCGGCAGUGGCGGCCAAGGCUAGGCGCAGAGAGGCGGCUGCCAUGGGCGUGGGGGGGGGCGCAGGGGCGGGCGCAGGGGGGGAGGCAGAGGGGGCGGGGGGGCCGGAGGAGGAGGAGGCGGCAGCAAGGGAGGAGUUUGACGAGGUGGCGAUGACGCUGGGGUGCCGCAUCCUGGCACUGCAGCAGCGCCAGCCGCGCCUGCUGCUCACACUCGCCCUCAAACACCACGCCGCCAAGUGCGGUUGGCCAUCAUUCGCCCCGCUGCCUGUUCCAUUCCCUGCCCCUGCACCCACAAGCUCUUAUUGGCACACACCACAAUCCCUCUGCUCCUCCUUCUGCCCCGCCGCUGUCCUCCUCGUCUCCAAUGCCACCGCCGUCCCGCAGGUGCGGUGGGUGCGGGGCAGUGCGAGGGAGGUGCAGCAGGUGCAGCCACACAUGCUGCACGUGCUGGACCACCUGGGCCUCGCCCACACGCCGCUGCUCACACCCGUCGCCCAGGGGGACGUGGACGAGUGGGGCGAUGAGUGGGGCGACGAGGGGGGGGCAGGCAGUGGAGUGGGCGUGAGGCAGAUCUGCCUCGAUGCCUUCAACGUGCCACUCGCAUCACCUCAAGCUCCACAUCAAGGCCCCUCCUCCCCCCCCUCCCCCCACCACGCGCACCACUCCACACCCGCACCCAUCACUGCCACCAUGCCUGCCGCCUCCCAUGCGCCUGCCGCAGCCCCUCCUGCCACAAGCGCACAAGCACCGCCGCCCAGCGCCCCGCCCACGCCACCUGCGCCCUCCUCUUUGCUGCCGCCUGCCACUGUCAGGGCGGAUGCGCCUGGAGUAGGGGCGGGAGGGCCAGGGGGGAUUGGGCAAGGGGCGGGUGGGCGAGGCAGUGCGGUGAGUGGCGGUGCAAGGAGCAUGCCUCGCAGUGCGGGGGAGAUGGCGGGCAUUCAAGGAGCGGGCGUGCUGCAGCAUCCACAGGUGCAUGGAGACUCGCCCACAGCACCAACAACAGCAGCAGCAGCGCCGUCGCACGGCCGGCAUGGCAGCAGCAGCAGCACGGGGGCGGUGGGGGCAGCACGGCCAGCCCUGGGGGCGUCCAAGUCGGGCCCCAUCUCUGCCGCCGCCUACCUGGGCGCGCUCGCUGCCUCUGCUGCCCCCCUGGGAGGGCCGCUCGCAGCCACAGCCGCCACAGGGGGGGGCAUGGGGGCGGCAGGCAGCAGAGGGGUGGCGGUACCGAGGGUAGCGGGUGCAGGAACAGCAGGGCGGGGCAGAGCGCCGCACAUGGAGCCCUUUGCGCCGCAGAUGUCAGGCCCUCUCCCCCGCCCCGAGUCCCUGCUGGCGCCCUCUGCCUCUGCCACUGCCACCCCACCCACACCGCCUGCACCUGCAGCAGCGGCACCUGCUGGCGCUGCCACUGCUGCUGCUGGCGGUCCCAAGUCCACCCCAGGUGGCGCCAAGCCUCCUCCUUGCGCCUCUGCCAUGCCAGGCGCAGUGCAGGGGACUGCGGUGGGUGCUGGCGUGGGGGCAGGCCCGGGGCAAGGUGCAGCAGGUGGCAGCACAGGUGGGUCAGCAGCAGCAGUGGGAUCAGCAGCCGGUAGGGGACGGGGAGGAGGGGGCGCGGGCAGCAAUGCAGGUCGGGCGCGAGUGAGCAUGUCGGGGCCCAUCCUGCGCGGCUCCUACCCGUACGGCACGCCCGCCCUCUCACCCCGACCCAUGCUCGCCACUGCCACCGCUCUCCCCACUGCACCCUCUGCUGCUGGAAGCACCGCACCCAACUCUUCUGCACCCACCCCCUCAUUGCCCUCCCAGACAGCACCACCAGCCUCAGCAGCAUCAGCGCCAACAAUGCCAACAGCACCCGCAGCAGGAGCAGCAGGCAGAGUCCCGUCCGCUGUGCCUGCCGCCCUGCGCCUGCCACAGACGUCCUCUCUGAAGACUCCUGGCAGCAGCGUGCAUGCGCUCGUGUCCCCCCGUCCCUCCGCCGCUGCACCCGCACCAUUCCACCUGGCCCCCUUCGCGCAUCUGCCCCCGGUGGGCGCGGGCAGCCGCGCAGUGAGUGACCCCAUCACGCGCGGGUCGCUGUACUCCGCCUUCGGGCUCGUGGGGGAUGCCCGCCCCGCCGCCUCCACCACCACUGCUGCUGUGCGAACAGCGGUGCCAGGAGCAGCAGGGAGCAGUGGUGGGGCGAGUGGAGCAUCAGCAGCAGGGCGUGGCGGUGGUGGCGGGGUGAGUGCCGUGCGGCUGCACAAGUCGGGCCCCAUCGACCCAUCGCACCCCUACUACUCCUCCCUCACCCCUCUCUCCCCUCCUCGCAACAUGCCCCUUCACGCCCUUCCCCCUCCUCCCCUCGACAUCCCUCCUGCUGCUACCACUGCUACCGCUGCUGCAGGAGGCACCGAAGGUUCAGAUGGUGGCGGUGCUGGAGGUGGGAAUGGGGCAGGCAAGGGGAGUGGGGACGGCAGAGCUGUGGGCAGUGGCAACGCCGUUGCUGCGGGCAGUGGCAGCACAGGGGUGGCAGGUGGGCAGGGGCAGGCGUCCCCUGCUGCCACCUCCUCCGCCCAGCAGCACCACGGCCGCCCGCCACCAUCAGCCGCCGCAGCAGAGCCUUCUAGUCGGGUGUGGCAGGGUGCAGGGGGAGGGGUGGGGGGAGGGGGGGCGGCGGCACAGGCGCGGGUGGGGGGGGCAUCGCGCAACCCAUCGGUGGCAACAAUCAUGUCGGAGGGCAGUGAGGAGGGCGGAUCAAGCAGCAGCAGCAUUGCCACCUCGCCUGCUGCUCGCCCUGUGCCCUCCUGA